AUGGCUUCAUCACACGACCCAGCGCGGCGAUCCAGCUCUGGCAGCUACAACGCCCCAAUCGCGUACCAAAACCUCGACGAUGCCACCACCGCAUUAUCAGUCGAUAUUCCAGAUGCAAAUCAGGCGCCAACAGCAGCAGCGCCGGCAUCCCCCGCUCGCGAAGCCCGGCGGCGAUCCGUCACAGAAGCCCAGUCAUACGACAUUCCGGACGACUGGGCAAAUCUCGAUGAACUGGCGGCAACAAGCCCCGUGGAAAACGUCGCCGAGUCGUCCAUAUACAGGCACCGCAGCCUAGAGCAGAUCCGGACUCGAGACCGCGAAGGGCUCCAAUCGCGACGUGCCAGCCUCGCAGAGUCACCGCGCCAACCCCCACCGGCAGAAUUGACCGAUGUCGAGGCCGUCGAUGAGAAAGAGGAACACCAUGUGUCGAGACUAGCAACUCAGAUCUACACGAUAUCGUACCUCGUCUUCUUUGCCAUAUGGGGCACUCUUGCGCGCGUGGGAUUGAGCGCAUUGAAUACAUACCCUGGCGAUCCCGUCAUAUUUGACAUUCUAUGGGCCAACUUCGGCGGAAGUCUCAUCAUGGGCUUCCUCUCCGAAGAUCGGAUGUUGUUCCGCUAUGAAUGGGGAACACCUUCAUACGACCAAUUGCUUGCGCGCGCAAAAGAAAAUGGAAGCAAUGGCGAGGGGAGCUCAAGACAGGGCGACCAAGUCAUCGAUCUGGUAGCAGCCAAGAAGGCGCAUCUGGCGACCAAAAAGACGAUUCCUCUCUACAUUGGCCUAGCUACCGGUUUUUGCGGCAGCUUCACCAGUUUUUCAAGCUUCAUCCGCGACAUCUUCCUCGCCCUGUCCAACCAAAUGGUCACCCCCGGUCUAGGCAUCCCAGGCCGAAACGGCGGAUACUCCUUCAUGGCCCUCCUCGCCGUGACGCUCACCACAAUCUCCCUCUCGCUAGCAGGAUUAAUCCUCGGCGCCCACCUCGCCAUCGCUUUAGAACGAUUCACCCCGUCCAUCCCAUACCCUGUCACCCGCAAGAUCCUCGACCCCCUCGGCGUCUUCCUCGGCUGGGGCUGCUGGCUCGGCGCAAUCCUCAUGGCCGUCUUCCCCCCGCACAACAAAUGGCGCGGCGAGAUCCUCUUCGCACUCGUCUUCGCGCCCCUGGGAUGCCUCGCUCGCUUCUACCUCGCCAUCUAUCUCAACGGCAAGAUCGCCUCGUUUCCCUUGGGCACGUUCGCCGCCAACAUCGCUGGCACCGCCGUCUUGGGCAUGUCGUGGGACAUUGCUCACGCUCAAAUAGGGGGGGUCGUCGGGUGUCAAGUGCUGCAGGGCAUCGAGGAUGGUUUCUGCGGGUGCUUGACCACCAUCUCGACGUGGGUUGCCGAGCUGAGCAGCCUCAAACGAAGCCACUCGUAUAUAUAUGGCUUUAGCAGCGUGGCAGUCGCUCUAGCAGUAAUGAUUGCCAUCAUGGGAGGCUUGCGAUGGAGCGAUGGCUUUAGCCCUUUGCUUUGCGUUUCUUAA